CAGGGCCCACAUGGAGGCGUACCUGAACGGUAACGGAACAGCCGCCAACAGGUGCAUGUCUGUGUUCCUUCGGGUCAUCAAGGGGGAGUACGACAGGACGCUCAACUGGCCGGUCAACCUUCACAUGGUGGUCAUUUUGGUCAACCAGUCAGGUACAUCUAGCGUUAUUUUGGUUAACCAGUCAGGUAGAAUUAGUGUCAUUCUGACCCAAGUCAGGUGCGUCUCGUGUAUUUUGUGCCUUUCAGUUAGUCUUCAACAAAUUGUGAGUAACGGAGAUAGCGACUCAGCGAAUCAUACGAAAGGCUCUUUUGCCACUCUGCUGUGACCAGUUAGCACCAGACCUUUCGCCACUCCGGCGUGACCAGUUAGCACCAGAUCUUUCGCCGCUCUGCUGUAACCAGUUAGCACCAGACCUUUCGCCACUCCGGCGUGACCAGUUAGCACCAGACCUUUUACAUCGCGGGCUCUUUAUUGAUUGAUGUAAUAAGGGCGUCCGAAAAAAGUCUACUUCUUUUUUAACCUGAGUUCAACCGUCACGCAUGACACUCGCUGCUAGGCAGCUUGUUUUUUUUUGUUUUUUUUGUCUCAGUACUAUUACUAUAAAACAUGUUGAGUAGGGGUCGGUUGUGAAAAGGAAGCAGCCACACCAGAAGCAAAAUAUAUAUGUAGGAGACAUUUAUGGGUUAUCUCUCCAGGGGGAUAUCCUUUAAAAUGUUGCUGUCAACUGUUAACCAAGCGUUUCAUGGCAGUUAAAAUCAAAUAAAAAAUCUCUAUCUUUUCAGGCCAAAACAUGGAAUGUCUGAAGGCAGGGGGCCACCAGUUCCAGUUCAUGCAGCCCCAGGGUCACGCCGACAGCGAGACCGACUGCUGGGGGCUCAUCGAGUUCGUCAGCCACGAGCUGAUUCGACGGAAAGAUUACAUCUCCGGCGAUAAAAUCGUCAUCAAGUGCCGCCUCAUGAUUCUACCGUCGUAGCGGUAGUGUGUCGCCACCACAGGGUAGUGUAUCGCCACCAGAGGGUAGUGUGUCGCCACCACAGUUUGUCUCGCCCACCAACGAUUUGGCCCCUUGUUAGAAAGGAGGCUAAGAAAUGCAAUGACGUGUUUGUAUAUUAUUGUUACGUAGUUGAUGAAAUGGACCUGCAUCGUCCAUUGAACAAUUGAUUCGACUCCUUAGAAAGCAGAUGUCUUGAUUAUAAAAAAAACAAAACAAAAACAAAACAAAAAACUGCAUGAUUGACUAUAAAUUUAAUACACUGCUGAAUCAAUGGUGCUAGUAAUUUUAAUAAUAACGUAAAGAUGUAAAGAAGAAAAAAAAAUGAAUCAAGGGUUCUCAUCGUAUUGAAAAGUAUGAAUUUUGUUUUUAAAUUAUUGUUCAUUACAGUGUUGAAAUCUAACCCACGUUUAAAUCGCGCCAUCGUUUGAGAGCUCACUAACGUACCCACGAGUCACGAAAAGGAAAAUAGAGAAAUGUCAAUUGUGCUCAAGAAAAGUUUUGUUAAAGUAACCCAGAUUUUCAGUAUCGGAUACACUCAAACGUCAUUGGUUUGCCAGUCUCAUCAGGCCCUAACGGUCAUUGACGCCAGCAGGACAUGGAACAUGGCGAAGAAAGGGUCCAAAACGUGCAAUGUGUGUCCGUUAAAGAUGUCUUAGGAAGAUGAUGUGUUAUCAGUUGCAGUGAUCUCCGAAUUCAUACGAAGAAAUUUUGUUAAUAUUGUAAACUAGCA